AUUAAUUAAUCCUUACAGAUUCACUGAAAGAUCAUCACGUUGUAAUUGCCGUACGAUGCAAUUUACUGCUGUCUCCAUUAUUUUUUUGCGAAACUACCUCUUAUAUCUCAAAAUCAGAGAUCAAACUGUAUAGCGUUUUACACCUUAAUUAUUUUUAUCUUCUUUAAAUUUAACAAAAUUUUAUAAUUGACACUCAAUAAAAACCGUAAUCAUAAGUUGUGUACACGUUCGAAAGUAUGGCUUCUUUCGUUCGAAUCGCCAAAACAACCUUUUUGGAUGGCCGGUUUCCAGUUUUUAAAAAUAUUUCCUUCGAAAUAACCAAAAAUCAAAAUUGGGCCGUGGUCGGCGCUGUUGGGAGUGGAAGAACUACUUUUCUUAAAUGCUUAAAAGGAUCGUAUACACCUUCUCCUGCUACAAAUUUUAAAUACCCAUUUCUAUCAGAUACUAACAAAAGUCCCUGGCAAGCGAUUCAGUUUUUGGAUUUUCAAAGCUCGGGUCUUCAGCGUGCUGCUUACUAUUCAGAAAGGUAUCAUUCGCACCGCGAUAAACGAGAAGAUAUUAGUUUGCAAAAAUGGUUACUUGAUGCAUACAGAGGUCCCGAAGAAAAAGCAUUGGAAAAAGUUCAAUAUGCAGCCUCAAUUACUAGGUUGGAGCAUUUACUCGAAUCUAGUUUGAUUAAUUUAAGCAAUGGACAAUCGAGAAGGGCGAUGCUCGCUGUAAAAUUAUUAUUAGAGUCCCAAUUGCUAUUACUAGAUGAGCCAUAUGCUGGGUUAGAUGUUGCUUCUCGUUCAAUUGUUUCUAAUCUUUUGGGAAAUAUGUCCAGCGUUUGCUCUCCUAAAAUUGUUCUUUCCCUCCGACAACAGGACGAAAUACCUGAUUUCGUGACUCAUAUUGUUGAGCUAAAUAACCACGAGAUAACCUACCAAGGAGUCAAGGAUCACUAUCAUCCAUCCUUAAAUUCCGCAGUUUUGACAAAACCUCAGCUCGAAGAUACUAAACCUCCUAAGAUUGGUAAGCCGAUCAUUGAAAUGAACAAUCUGAAUUGUACGUAUUGGGGCAAACCUGUUUUAGAGAACGUUAAUUGGACUAUUAAAGAAGGAGAACGAUGGUCUUUAAGCGGUAGCAAUGGUAGCGGAAAAACUACUCUCUUAGCUUUCGCCCUUGGUGAUCAUCCAAAGCUCUUUGCUACAGACAUAAAGUUUUUUGGAAAGUUUAUUGGACCAGGAACAGGAAUUUCAGUCUUCGAUAUUCAAGAAAACGUCGGUCAUUGUUCCCCUGAAGUUCACACACAUUUUCCUAAAGAAUUUACCUGCAGAGAGACUCUUUUAAGUGCUUGGAGUACUACCUUCACACUCCCAAGAGAAACUGAGAGCCGUUCAGAGGCCAUUAGAAAACUUUUAGAUGAACUGAGUCUCCGCAGCUUUGAGAAUAUCCCUUUGUCCCAAUUACCUACAGGCAUGCAAAGAUUUAUUCUUUUUUGUAGAGCCAUAAUUAAAAGGCCUCGUUUUUUGGUUUUGGAUGAGCCUUUCCAAGGUGUAGAUAUCAGAUAUAUGCACCAAGCUCACAAGUGGUUAAAUAAAAAUCUUUUACCUUCCCAAGCAAUGGUUAUCAUUUCUCACUAUGAGGAAGAGAUUCCAGCUUGUGUUAACGCUCGUGCACAUGUUCAUCAAGGAAAAUUACGAAUCGAUACUUAAGUCAAGUCAUACAAUUAGUUGUAAUCUUAGCUUUCUUGAAUGAAAUUAAAUAUGACCUAAAAGAACCGA